GGGAGCGGCCCCGGGAUCGGCACGGGGAUCGGCCCCGGGAUCGGCCCCGGGAUCGGCCCCGGGAACGGCACCGGGAGCGGCACCGGGAGCGGCACCGGGAUCGGCACCGGGAGCGGCCCCGGGAGCGGCCGCACCAUGGGAGGGUGGCGGGAUAUGUCCACGGAGGCGCUGGAGGACCAGUACUCUCCCAGUCACUGGUCCCCCCGCCUCGACCGGGACACCAUCAUCGACGCCCACGUCGCGGUGAUGGCGGCAGGAACCGAACGGGCUCGGGCCAGCGCGCAGACCUCGCUGCACGUCCCCUAUGGCCACGGGGACGGGGAGAAGCUGGACAUCUAUUUUCCCACGGACCCUUCUGAAACCUUCCCGGUUCUCGUCUACAUCCACGGCGGAUACUGGCAGUGCUUGAGUAAGGACCAUUCGGGGUUUGCAGCCCCCCCGCUGGUGUCGCAGGGAGUGGCAGUGGUGGCGGUGGGGUACGACAUAGCCCCUAAAGGCCACAUGGACACCAUGGUGCUGCAGGUGCGCCGCAGCCUCGUCUUCCUGGUGGAGCGGUACCCCAGGAUCAGAGGCAUUUACUUGUGCGGACACUCGGCAGGGGCCCACCUGGCAGCCAUGGUGCUGUCCACAGACUGGACGGAAUUCCAAGUGGUGCCAGAUAUCAAAGGAGCAGUGCUGGUGAGCGGCGUGUAUGACCUGGAGCCCAUCCUGCACACCUAUGUGAAUGAUGCUCUUAACAUGAGCCGGGAGGUGGCCCAGAGGAACAGCCCCAUGAGACAUGUCACCCCAGCAGAGCCAGCAGCCUGUGAGGUGCUCGUGGCUGUGGCCCAGCACGACUCCCCAGAGUUCCGCAGGCAAUCACAGGAGUACAGCCAGGCCCUGCGUGCAGCCGGCUGGUCUGUCUCUCUGCUGGAUCUGGCUGGUGUGGAUCACUUUGACGUCAUUGAGAAGCUGUCAGAGGACAGCUAUGUCCUCACCCAGGUGAUUCUGAACAUGAUUUCAAGAGCAUGAUGGCAUGUCAGGAGUAAACAGAUGGGGACCAUGGCCCUGUGUGGUGGCAACAGGCAUCUGGAUCCGGCUGCCUGCUGCCUCCUCAGUCUAACACAGGGCAACCACUGUGUCAGACCCACACCAUGCCCUCUCUGCACAGCCCAGCCUCUGCCCCUUCCCUGCCUGCUGGAGUGCAGGGGACUGAGGGCUGCAAGGCUCUGUCUGGGCAGCUGGGUCAUGAAGUUUGUUCCCUCAGUGCCCUUUAAACUGCACAUUGACAAUACAAAAUAAAAUGAGAAUUACCACUGCCUGGGGUAGUGCUUCCAAGGGAGC